AUGAUCGUCAACUAUAGUGUGUGUAUCUCACAUGAAGAAAGUAAACCUUGCUUUAAAGAACAAACUACAAAGGAAAAGAUGUUAGUUAUCGCAAGUAUGAAUGCCUCAACCAAAUAUUAUGUUCGUGUUGUUGCAAGCACUAAAGUUGGUCCCGGACCAUACAGUGAAAGUAAAGGGAAAUUCACCAAUGGAGGUAAGUUCCUCUUCUGCAUUAAGACGAGUAAUGAAUAAAAGAAAGAGAGCUAUAUUUGUAAAUCGGAUACAGAGUUCGACCUAUUUUAGAUAAACUUUAGCUUAGAUUUUCUCAAAUAGUGAGAAGGAUACAGAUCGGUUGCCCUAGCCUGCGUCGCAGACGGUGGGUGAAACUUUGGGACGGUAAGUUUGACCGUCUUUAAACUUACCGUCCCAAAGUUUCACCUACCGUCUGCGACGCAGGCUACGGUUGCCCAUGCUUUAUAUUUUAUUUAAAUAAUUCAUAAGUCUACAUAUUUUCUUCAUAGAACAACCACAGGUGUCCACAAAUGAAACAGAAUAUACACUGACUUUCUUUUUGCAGAUUGCUUCACGAAAUUUCACGUAAGUCGAAAAACCACAUAGGAAUAUUGCAUCUCGCGAUAACGACCUGCACAGAAUGUUAAGGCUGUUCUGUGAAUUUACCUUGCGCAUUUUAUCACAUAGAAAUUUGUUUGUAGGCAUUUUUACGUCGUGGCUUUGAAAUUAAAAGACGGACAGAAACUAUCACAGUGGGAAGUUUAAGUUUGGAAGGAUUUGUAAGAAAUAUUUGAGGGAACUGUCUCACUGUUAAACACAUAUUUUUAUUUACCCUAUGAGUCUACAUUCAAUUCUGAACAUUAUUUUUAACUUGACAGACAAAUAUACCAUCACUUUUUUUCUACAGAGUGAAUAUUACUCAACAGAUUGGAGUCCUGCUUCAAAAACAGUCGGCGACGUCCUAGUUCCAGGUACGUCAUUUAAGAAAAUUCUACUGAUACUUGAGCUAGAUAUCGGCUGUUAUCCUAACAAAGUAUACUACUUUUAUCCUAACGAAGUAUAUACUACAGGAAUUGAAUUGUGAAUUUAUGGAGAAAGUAUAUUAUUACAAUCUUUAAAUGAUUUUGUAUUUUCUGUUUCAAGGUGGCCCUCGUGUACUGACAAAGAUAUCCAGUGGUGACAUAAAGGCAAAGGAAGGUGAUCUUGUCAACCUACUGUGUUCUGCUCAAGGUGAACUUCCAAAUACUUUCACCUGGGAAGAAGACCAGAAGUCACUGAAAAGUUUCACGGAAACUGAAAAGCCUCACCGCAGUUCGUUUCUUGUUGUAACAGUGAAAGGCCAAACAAGUUUUGGAAAAUAUAUUUGUCAUAUCCAAGAUCGAUUUCAAAGCACUAUUCACACAAUUUCGAUCCAAAAAGCUACAGGUAAUGCUACAUUUGAUUUAUUCAACCUUCAUAAAUUUUAUAAAACAAAAACUAAUCAGAACACAAUCCGUUUCUGUUUUAAAAUUUAA